GAUUUUCUUUUCUUUCUUGGUGAUUCUCUGAGAGAAUAUCAGAUUCAUCUAAUAUAUAAAUAGUUCUAUAUUUAAUAUCCUUCCAGAAAGAUUGUGGGGCUUUCAUCUGAAAGAUACACAUAUAAGUAUAUUUGAUCGAUCAGAUAUUUAUUUCGACAUGGGGAGAGUAAAACUUCAGAUCAAGAAGAUUGAAAAUACAACAAACAGGCAGGUCACUUUCUCAAAGAGAAGAAAUGGAUUAAUCAAGAAAGCUUAUGAACUUUCUGUACUUUGUGAUGUUGAUGUUGCUCUUAUCAUGUUUUCUCCUUCUGGAAGAGUUAAUGUAUUCUCAGGAAACAGAAGCAUGGAAGAAAUCAUGACGCGAUAUGUGAAUCUUCCCGAGCACGAACGAGGAAAGCUACAAAACCAAGAGUAUCUGCAAAGGGCUCUUGGCAAGUUCAAAUCUGAAGCAGAUCGAACCUAUCAACCAGCCACCAGCAGUCCAGCAAGUGUCGAUUGUCAACUUGAGGAAAUGCAACAAGAAAUUUUUAAAUGUAGGUGCCAACUUGAGGAUAUGGAGAAAAAACUGAGGAUUUAUGAAGGUAAUUCGUCCGAUAUCACUACGCUGUUUGAGGCUGAGUACCGGGAACAAAUUCUUGAGGUAAACUUGAAGCAGAUCAGGAUGCGAAAGGCAAGCUUCCUCACCCUAAAUUUUUCUAGUUGCCGUGUUUGGUUCAGUAGACUCAACAAACAAAAAGAAACUAAAAUCCUAGUUCAACAAACCAUUCUAGUAUAGCAUAUCCAACAUGCACUAGUGAUUUAGUAUACAUCUUUUCUCUUUUUUAGAAAAGUAAUAUUGGAAAUAUAAACUUAAUAUAUUGCUGAAGCUUAUGAAACUUUUACAUGGCCAGCAAGUUCUGCAGGACCAAUAUAAUUCCCCUGGUGCACAAACAACUACACAGAUGAAUUUGCCCCCAGAGAACAUAAACCUAACUGAUUUGGCAACAACAAGUGCCAACAAUAUCAUGGAUUGGCUUCCACAGAGAGAUCCACAAGUCCAAAUCCUGAAUUUCUUGGAUUCAAAUGGCCUGCUUCCAGUGAGAGACCAACAUCAAGGUAUGGACAAUAUCCAGUCGCCAUCCUUAACUGACCUUCAUGCUUCAAGCGUACAUGUCCAUAGUCAUUUAAGUUCAGGCAGGAGGAUUGAAGAUGACACACAACGACCAGAUUUUGGGCAAGGAAUUGAUGUCAAUCUUUCUCCAUGGACAGAUUUAUAUCCAACAGGGAAUGAUCCUUUUCCUGCCACUCAGCCCAGAGAACGAGCUCUUCUUGAACUUUUUCUGUCUCAGCUCACCGCGGUGAAUCAAGAUUCUAUAUGAAUGUUUAUAUUUUGUUAAUUUAGAUAACUUUCCAACACAAUUUAUUACCUGUUACUAGAAUUUCUCCAAUA